AUGGCCAUAUUUUCUGAGUAUCUUAAAGAUUCAGUAGAAAUUUUCAUGGACAACUUCUCGGUGUACGGGCAAACAUAUGAAAUCUGUCUCAAUAAUCUAGAGAAGAUACUAAGGAGAUGUGAAGGGACAAACCUUGUGCUGAACUGGGAGAAGUGCCACUUCAUGGUGAAGAAAGGUAUUGUGCUCGGGCAUAAAGUCUCCAAGGACGGGCUGGAGGUGGAUAAGGUGAAGAUUGAGUCGAUUGAAAAGCUCCCACCUCCAAGAAAUGUGAAGACUGUCAGGAGCUUCUUGGGGCAUGCAAGCUUUUAUCGACGUUUUGUGAAGGACUUUUCGAAGAUUGCGCGACCAAUGAGUGCAUUGCUAGAGGCAGAAAGAACGUUUGACUUUGAUGACCAAUGCCUCAACUCAUUCAAGAUGCUAAAGGAUGCAUUAAUAACCGCACCUGUGUUAGUCGCACUAAACCAGACGAAGCCAUUUGAAUUAAUGUGCGACGUAAGCAGUUAUGCGAUGGGGGCGGAAAAUGCAUUGGCGCAAGUAAGAAUAGCGAUCCAAGGAAUUCAGCGUCCAAGCGCAUUAGAAGAUUGCAACCGCAAAGCUAUACGUUCGUAUGCAUUUGCGAAGAUCUUCUCAAGAAGGUGGCCACAUUGA